AUGAAAAGUUCGGCAAUUCUGCCAGUACCGGUGAAUAACAACAACAACAAUCCAGUGUUCCCGAUGAAAUCGCCGCGAAAACGGACCGCACGUCGUCGCCUCUUCUCCCCGCCGAAUCAUCGGCUUUUUGACGAAUGGAUAUCGAAAGAGAUUGAUGAGAUACGUGCGCAGCAGCGGCUCAAAUGGGGUUUCCAGUUUGAUUCCGAAAAUCCAUGUGCAGCGAGCAGCCAAAGCGAUUACAUAUUCACUGCUGUUCCCGCAGAAUCGGUCCCAUCUUUCUAUCGAACUUCCUUCUAUCCACGCGAAUCCAGUCCAGCAUCCGACACUGAAAAUCAGAUACCGUGUAGCAGCAAAACCGAUGUGAUUGCAACAAUCGCGUGCUCAGAUUCCGACUUACUGGUGCUCCCAACCAGCCGUUCAUCGGCAGCUUCUCUAGCAUGUAAAUUCGAUGUAUGUGAUGUAUGUAUGUAUGUACGUAUGUAUGUAUGUGUGUGUGUGUGUGUGUGUGUGUAUCUGUAUGUAUGUGUCAAAAUGUGUGGAAUAUUCUGGAAUUCCCAUGUCGCGCAUAUGUUCCAUCACAUUGUGGAUAUGUAA